AGUGCUUCACAUGACAGCAAAUCAAUCCCCGGUAAUAUCGUGCAGGACAUCAACAUGACCUCCGAAACCAAAUCUCGAAAACCUUUCGACAUCGCCAUAGUAGGGGGAGGCAUUUCCGGUUUGACACUUGCCAUUGGUCUCCUCGAACGCGGUGUACCUGUCACCAUCUAUGAAGCCGCAUCGAGAUUUGGAGAGAUUGGUGCCGGUGUUGGUUUCGGUCCCAAUGCCGCCCUUGCAAUGAAGCUUCUGUCUCCAAAAAUCGAGGCUGCCUUUAACAAGUGCAAGACGACAAACGCCCCCGAAAAAUACGAUUCGUGGUUCACUGUGCGCGUAGGCGAUGCACGGAAGGCAGAUAAAGAUGGUUUUGUUGACAAAGAGCGCAACAAAGUUGGCGAUGCGCUAUACGACUUCAAUUUCGACAGUGAUCAAGGAAGAGGCGGCGUGUAUCGGGCUCAUUUCUUGGAUGAAUUAGUCAAAGACAUACCUGAAGGCGUUGCGAAAUUUGGCAAGAGGUUGACGAACGUGAGUUUAGCGGAGGAUGGGUCAGGUGACGCCAUAUGUCACUUUGCAGAUGGAACACAAGCAAGGCAUAAUGCUGUAGUAGGGUGCGAUGGAAUCAAGUCUGCUUCACGAGCCUGGAUGCUGGGAAAAGAUGAUCCAGCGACCAAACCGGUUUUCUCUGGGAAAUUCUGUUACCGAGGCUUGAUCCCCAUGGACGAGGCAGUAGACAUGUUAGGAGAUGAGAUGGCGCGAAACAGCCAGAUGUUCUUCGGAUACCACGGUCACCUACUCACUUUCCCAAUCGAAAAGGGAAAAACGAUGAACGUUGUUGCCUUCAACUCUCGCAAAGAGUGGACAAGCGACCAAUGGGUCAUCUCAACAUCUAAAGAGGAAAUGCACGCCACAUUCGAAGGCUGGGGAACCCACGUCCGCACAAUAAUCCAAGCCAUGCAAAAACCAGAUAUAUGGGCGCUUCAUUACCAUCUUCCCUGCUCAACAUAUUAUCGGGGUCGAGUAUGUCUGCUAGGUGACGCCGCACAUGCGACAACGCCACACCAAGGCGCAGGUGCCGGGAUGUGCGUGGAGGACGCGCUGAUUCUGGCGAAGCUGCUGGAGGACACGGCGCGUGUGGAGGACAUUGAAAAGGCGUUCAAGGCGUACGAUCAAGUGCGUCGGCCUAGGUCUCAGAAGAAUGUCAUCACGAGUAAGCAGGCGGGUGAGCUGUAUGACUUUGAGCUACAUGGGGAUGAUUUGGAGAAGAUUGAGCCGAUUUUCAAGGAGAGGAUGAGGUGGAUCUGGGACGUUGAUCUAGAAGAGGAGAUUGAGAAGGCGAGGAAGAUAUAUUUUCAGGAUUCCGCAUCUAAGAUGUGA